AUGGCUAAGAUACUUAAGUGUCCAGGCUGUGAUCGAGAAAUAAGAACCAGUAAAACCCGAGAUCUUAAUAAACACAUAAAUUUAAAUGGAAACCUUCGUAAAGGUCAAUGUUUACCGGCUUUGCGUUUAAUGCAAAACCCAGUCCCAGCUCCAGUAGGAAAUCUAGCUGAAAACCCAGUAAAAAAUCCAGCACCGACUCCUGAAGGCAAUCUUAUAUCAUUUGACAAAAAUCCUCUGUCAUACCAGCCAGCCCAGCUGAGAGAAGAAAAUGUGCCAGCAGUCGAUCUUUUAACUGAUGAUAUUCCAGAUAUAAAAGCAGGGCCAAAUAGUGAACCAAGCGAUGAUGUGGAACAUCGAAGCUCUGCUUCUUCAGAAUAUGAUACAGCUGAUGAAGAUCCUGAUAUCUAUUUCGAGAAAAUCAAUGAUCCAUAUAUUAAUAGAAUAUCAGAAGCAGAAAAUUUUAAUGAAGGUGAAGUGUGUGAUUAUUAUGCAUUUGUACCAAAAGGAUACUAUGCUGAGAGCGAGCCAUUAGCCUUCUUUGAAUCAAUCGAAGAAAAAAUUGCAGAUGUUUACAGAAGAGAGUUAACUUUAAAAGGUGGAUUAAAGCAUGAAACAAUAGAAAUUAUAAGAGAAGAUCGAAUUAAUGCAAGUAUAGAAAAAGGAUAUAAUGAAAUUAUAGACCAGAUUGAGGAUGAAGCAAUACAAGAAUCUGGAUGGGCUUUUGUACGAGCAGUAGAACCACAGCUCGGUUUAAUUAAUCCACAAAAUUUCAAAGACAAUGAAUGCUUUAGAGAUUGUGUUAAUAUACACCAUGCAAGAGAAGAUGCACUAAAAGCAGGACAAAAACCUACACAUCUUGAACGUAUAAGCAAGAUUAGACGAUAUGGUAAUAUAGCUAAUUUUGAAGGCAUAAAUUUUCCAGCAACACUACAUGAUAUUGAUAAAUUCGAGGAAAAUAACCCAAACUAUGCUAUAAAUAUAUUUAGGCCAGUGUAUAAAGAAGUGUUCAGAAAAAUAAAAGUAGAUAUAGACCUAUUACAUAUCUCUGAAAGAAAUUAUCAAGUCGAACAUAUGAUAGAUUUAUUAUAUUUAACAGAAGGUGAAGAGAAUUUAAAUGACCGAAAAAAUACAAAUGAUAUACCAGAAGGAUUAAAAACUCGACUAGAUUUAUUAGAAAAGCAUAUUCCAACAUGUACAGGAGCAAGUAAAGAGCCACAACGAUUAAUCCUUCCUGAAGAGG